CGAGCACCCGCGCGAACCGACGCGCUGCACGCGAUCGAUACGCGAUAACCUAUACACCACCAAAACCUUGGUGGCCCAAAUGUAAAAGUCACCUGUGAAACGUGAACGCACCACUCUCCUCACGCGCGCGGAACCAUAAUGAAGACAUGUCAAUGUGUUUAAUGUGUACGUGUCAGACAUGUCAGUGUAUUUAAAGUGUAGGAUGUGUAGAUAGUGCGCGAUGACGUCACUGAAGCAUGGGGUGAACCUGAGUCGGCGGGCGUGUAGAGGCAGAGCGCUCGCGCUGGCCGUCAUCGCGAUUUUGGCUGCAGCUGACUGCAAUCCUAUUGAAAGUACCACGAAACAGAGUCCGUCCAUAACUGUCGAUGGGACUUCCACGUAUCCCGGCCUCGGCUUCGGGCCCAUGGGGCCCGUGGCCCCGCUCCCCGGGGACUCGGGCACCCAGCUCCGCCAACAGCUGGAGUCCACCACAGACCUGCCGGCUACGGUCAGCGUUAAGAAGGAGAGGACCUUCGUGAUAGCUGCCUUUGAGUUCCAUCGAGUCGAAACGCCUUUUCUCAUCGGCUUGUGGAUAUUCUUUGCCAGCCUUGCAAAAAUAGGUUUCCACAUGGCGCCAAAGCUAUCGAGGAUGUUCCCCGAAUCCUGCCUUCUAAUCUUCGUGGGUGUCCUCAUUGGUGCUUUGUUGCUCAGCACGCAUACUGUCCACGUCCAACCAUUAACCCCGGACACCUUUUUCCUGUACAUGUUGCCGCCUAUCAUCCUGGACGCUGGUUACUUCAUGCCGAACAGACUGUUCUUUGACCAUCUUGGAACUAUACUGCUGUUCGCCGUGGUGGGAACGGUGUUUAAUACGCUAACUAUAGGUGCCUCACUAUGGGCGUGCGGACAAACGGGAAUGUUCGGCUGCACGACACCUCUACUCGACAUGUUCCUCUUCAGUGCCCUAAUAUCAGCUGUGGACCCAGUGGCUGUACUAGCAGUGUUUGAGGAGAUCCACGUGGAUGAAGUGCUGUAUAUAGUGGUGUUUGGGGAGUCGCUCCUGAACGACGCCGUCACAGUUGUCCUGUACCACAUGUUUGAGGCUUACACCGAAAUGGGCACAUCCCGGCUAGUCUACACCGACUUCCUAGCAGGCUUCGCUUCGUUCCUAGUUGUCGCUGUAGGCGGGACCUGCAUCGGUGUGGUGUGGGGUUUCGCCACCGGCCUCGUGACUCGGUUCACCCAUGAAGUCAGGGUCAUUGAACCCAUCUUCAUCUUUGUUAUGGCGUACUUGGCGUACCUUAAUGCGGAGAUGUUCCAUAUGAGUGGGAUAUUGGCGAUAACAUUCUGUGGCAUAACAAUGAAAAAUUACGUCGAAGGCAACAUAUCGCACAAAUCGCACACAACCAUAAAGUACACCAUGAAGAUGCUCUCCUCGUCUUCGGAAACCAUCAUCUUCAUGUUCCUGGGGGUGGCGACGGUGAACAACAACCAUGAUUGGAACACGUGGUUUGUGCUGUUGACCAUCUUGUUUUGCUCAGUGUUUCGGAUAAUAGGAGUGUACAUAUUUAGUGCAGUAGCUAAUAAGUUUCGAUUGCACAAACUGAAUAGAGUGGAGAAAUUUGUUAUGUCUUAUGGCGGUCUCCGCGGUGCUGUGGCCUUUGCGUUAGUACUAUUGAUAGAUCCUGCAGUUGUGAAACUACAGCCAAUGUUCGUGACCACUACGAUAGCUGUUAUAUACUUUACGGUGUUUAUACAAGGUAUCACCAUCAAACCGCUGGUGAAAAUGCUUAAUGUGAAAACAGCUGAAAAGCGGAAACCUACUAUGAAUGAAAGGAUACAUGAAAGGUUCAUGGACCACUUGAUGGCGGGUAUUGAAGAUAUUUUAGGUAAACACGGUAACCAUCACAUUAGGGAUAAGUUCAAGAGAUUUGAUAACAAAUUUAUACGCCCAUUCUUGCUAAGGAAUUACCAGGGCCAAGAACCAAAGAUAUUAGAGACUUAUUCAAAGCUCGCAAUGAGAGAUGCGAUAGAAUACAUGCAAAGAAAUGCAUCUACCAUCGGCAACAUUUCUGGAGCGGAAUCAAUGUCCGCCAUAUUCAAAAACUACACGAACACAAACUUCAACGGAAGUCCGAGUUUCAGUCAGUUGGAUUCGUCUACAUGGAACAUAGACAUGCAGGAAUUGGAAUAUAAUCCAAGCAAGAAGGACUUGACGGACGCCAGAAUCCACCAUUUGCUUGCUGAAGAGUUGUGCAAGCCGUAUAGACGUCAUCGUCGUCUAAGCUACAGUCGUCACGCCGUGAACGACCGCGACCUCGGCACGCAGGUUAACUAUAAAACGCACAUGAACAUCCGACGCCUCGUAGGCGACAGGAAACACCACCAUAAACGUAGCAAACGGGGGAACAAGGAUGGCAAAAACCAUGUCACUUUCCCUGAAUUCCAGCAAAAUGGUUCCGCUAAACAAUUCACGCACGAUUACAUAGACGAGGUGCUGCAGGAGGACGACGACCGGGAGCCGCGACGCGACGGCGACGACGGCGGUAUUACAUUCACUGCCAAAUCCCCGCCUGGAUAUAAAGAAGUGAGCCCGACGUCCUCGCAUAAAGAGAACAGUAGCUCACUUAUUAACCAGCUGGCUAACCUACCCGGGUUCAACCCGCUGAAAGCGAGGAUAGUCAAGCAGUACGCUAAAACGCCUGAGGAGAUAUUGCCUACAGCAGUUGAGAAAUCCUUACCGUGGAGAAGGGAUCGAUCCACGUACAACUUCGUACCAAACGAGGAUAUUUUAGAGGAAGAUGAAAGAAGAAUGUCAGAUGAUAAUGAUACAUAUAUGAUAGUAGCGGAUCAAGCACGUGUGGCAACUCCCACGGCAACGGAAACCAUGUUGCCAUGGAAACGAGAGGAGGGAGAGGGUUAUUCUGGCGCUCUAAAACAAUCCGAAUUUCCUUCUUGGGCAUCGAAUAAAGAAUACUUGGCAUAUAGCUCGCCUUCAGCAACAUUUUUAGGUGGUAUAGAGAAGCCAAAACAUCCAAAAUCUAUCAUAGGUUUAUUCCGAAGAGAAAGCUCAAGUUCGACCCAGGCUGGAGACGCAGUUAUGUCGGACUCUGAAGGAAAUAAGCCGGAGUGCUCAAAGGGAGAGAGCUCUUCUUAUAAAGACACGUUUAAUCAUCCAAGACAAGGACCUAGUAUGCUGUCGAAAAGAAGUACUAGCCUUGGAGGGCCGUCAGUGCUUCUGAUGGAGGAUGUGGCACACUCUGACCCACUGGGCGCAUCCACUCGCCCUGCGAGCAUCAUGCAAGGGCCUCAUCGUGGCCAGUGCCGGAGGGGAUCCAUGUUGGAAUUAACUGGGUCAAUGUCCCGCGACGCAAUUACGGAAGAAAAGUGCAGCAAAUCGCUACCCGAGAGUGAACGAAUGGGCGUGCGGCGACUUCCACUAGGCCAACAAAGCCUGCCGCGCGAGCCCUUCAUCCGUCAACUUACAAUGGCCUCAAACCUUCUAACUAGUUCAUCAGACUCCGACUCCUCCGACGACGGCACCUGAGUGCGCCGCCGUGGUGACCACGAUCGGUUGCCACUUCUUAAAUACAAGACACUUGAAUGAGUGAAUAAAACUCAUCACAUCUUACCUUAUCUGUGCUGUGACUAUGUGGUGUAAAAAGUAAGAUUUAGGACGCGCGUUAAAACCAAUGUAUAUUUUUAUGAAAGCGUUAUUGUAUAGCUACUUUAUGUAGAUAAAUGCUGUGUAUUUAAAUUAUAUUCUCUAUACUUUACAAUAGCUUACAAUAAACAAAUAUUGAAUGUACUGCUGGAAAUAUGACAAAAUACCUGUGUAAAUAAAUACCUCAUCAUACCUAUCAUAAUAAUAUCUAGGUGAACAGUACCUAUUGCCUCAAAACUACAGGAUGUUUGUCAGACGACUCUACUUCCAUAAUCCUAUUUUUUACUAGAGCGUACGAAGGAUUCAAUUUAUAGUUAACUAUCAUUAGAAUUAGAUCCAUAUAAAUUUGAAAGAGAUGUCCCCCGUAUAUUUUCUAAGAAUUUUAGACAGUGUAGGGUAUCCAGUCAUCCUAAUGCUUUAUUUAGUAUUACAAGUCUUUAAAGACCUAGUUUACUUUAAAUUUAAACAUAAACAAUACUGUAGGAUACGGGAGUAGACAAUGUAGCCGUCAUUUUCAAAUUACAAUCAGACGGAAGUUAUAAAGGCGUGGUCAUCUUAAGACAGAUUUUGUAAAACUUUUGCUGUAAACAUCUACUAUUAUUGUAAAUAUUAGACAUAAGCAUUUAAUGCUGUGAUUGUAAAACAAAGAUUCGCGCUAAUUGAAAUAAAUUUCUUCUCACACCCCAAAGGUAUGUAACUUUAGGUAUUACAGUUACCUACUGUAGGAUUUUGACGGUUGUAUUAGGCAGGCAACAGACGAGUCUUAAUUUUCAUAAUCUUAAAAAAAAAUUGUAUUCAAACUGACACUGACAGAUCUGUCAGUGUCAGUUUGAACUGUCAAUUUGCAUACAAUUUUUUUUUAAGAUUAUGAAUUUUUAAGACUGUCUGUUGCCGGCCUUAUUCUGUUCGUUAUCCAGUUUGUAAUUUAUAAAUACCCAUGUACUUACUAAUAAUAUAAUUAGAUAAAAUAACUCCUGUGGGUACAUGAUAUAUAUAGUUUAACAAAAUAAAAAAUAAUUAUUUUCAAAUCCUGUUAAUACGAAUUUGUAUUAACUUUUUAAGGAAUGGAGUGUAGGAAAAUAAUGAAUGGGGCCAAUGUUACCAGUGUUACCACUACGGCUCUAUUAAGUGACUUUUAAAAAUGGUUCCGGCAAAGGAAAGGAAAGACCUGGAAAAGUUAAAACUGAUUUUUGAAGAAAAUAAAUUCAUAGUGCGAUUGAUGACAUACGAUUUUUCCUGAUUGUUUAUUUGUAAAGAUGUUAUAAUUUGUGUGUUUUGUCAAUUAACAUUUUUGAGUUGAGGUGAAACUUAGGUGUAAAAACUCAAUAUUUAGUUAUAGAAAACCGUUCUACGUUACAAACUGAUAAGGAAUCGCCCUUAUGUUAAGUGGGACCUUUGAUUAGACUUCAACACUUCAAUAUAUUUAGAGUUCCUCGUACCUGCAAAACUUUGAUCACGGACGGAACACCUACGGAAUCAGUUCAGUCUUGAAAAUCGGUAAUUGAAGUAUGUUUUAUAUCAUUCCAAAACUUGGACAGUAUGAACCAAAAAUGAAAUAGGAUUGAAUUCUGUACUUACUUAUAGUUAGACAUUUUUUUGUAAAGUAUACCUACUGUUAAAUUGUUAUUUAGAUGCUUAACUAUUUAAUAUAAAAUUAACUGUAUCUAACAGAUGUAGCCCAGUUAAUGGCUUAACUUUUAUAGAACUAUUAUAGUUUUUCUUUUAGGGUGCAUUGGGAUAAUUUCGAAAGUCACAUUAAAAUCACCAUUAUUUCCAUCAUAUCAAGAUUCCCCCUUCGAAAGUACCCGAGCAUUUCUGUGCUUCGAAAUUACCCCAAUGCACUCCUUGUUUAGAUUAAUUUAAAUCUAGUAAAAUCCUACGUGUUAUUAGAAAGAUGACUCAUUGACUGGGUUAAUUCACAAAAAUGGCAUUUUGUAAAUUGUAUGUAGUUCUUACUUAAGUAAAUUAGUACAAUAAUAGCGGUUAAAUACUAAAUGAACCUAUUCAUCUUUAAAUAAUACACUUUUUGCUGAUUUAUUUUUUGUAUUUUGUUUAUGUGCAUGCAUUUACACUUUUAGUUUAUUUAUUCUAAGAAGCUAAUGCACUAUUAAACUGUGCGUUUUGUAACAACUUCUAAGAGUCAGCUUUAAAAAUCUGCUAUUGAUUUGAGAUUGACAUGAUAUCAUGAAUUAUCAAAUCCAUAUCAAAUUAACAUCUUUUUUGCCUGAAUCUUGAUUGCGUCGUUUGAACGGGUAAUUGAAGAUUGAAGUUGGUUCUUGUUUGUAAUUUAUUUUAGUAGAAAUAGUAGAUUCCAUAUUUUCUUCAUCGUUAUGAAAUAUUUUGCAAGAUUUCACUCCUGUUUUAAUGUAUUCAUUUGAGUGUUGUAAAUAAUCGUAUUAAAUGUAUGACUGACAUUUUCAACUGUGUGUAAGAGAACAAUGAACGUUCAUGCUAUAAUAUGUUACCUACAUGAAAUAUUAAAGUAAAGCAAGUUCGGGCUCGUCGCCACUUGCAAUGGGGCCCAAUAUCGGGAUAUGAAGACUUUGGCAUUGCAAGAAGGGGGUUUUAAUUUCGAAUCAUGAACUGUGCUCUGUUUUCUGAGUCACAAAAUGUUGGACCCAAUUAAAAAUACUCCAAUAUCGAUGUAAAAAAAAUGUUGGAAUGCAAAAAUAACAGCCUCAUGUCCAAAACACUUAUGGUCCUUGUUGAUCUACGUAAUAAGCCCUACAGGCUGACUUCGUGAAAUGCAGAAGUAAUCGGCAUAGAUGUUACCUCUAAGAAAAUUGUAGGACUACGCCCCUAAUUUUCAAGAACAGAAUUAUGUGUUUUAAUUACAGGAUUAGGUACCAAUUUUAAAAUGAAAAUUCAUUCGUAUGUGAAUGGCUUUUAUCUGAAAGGUCAACACCACUCACGACACGUGGUAAAAAUGCGAUAAUCUUAACACAUCAGUGAAUUAAUCAUAAGUGAUAAUUGUAACAAUGUAGAUAACAUCGACAAUAGUGUAGUGUACUCGUUUCACGACUGAUUGAGUUGUUUAAAUGUGAACGUUGUUCUUACGUGUUUAGUAGUUAGUGAAUUAUAGUAACAAAAUCAAUUGAGUUUAAUUAUGAUUAAAUUACUGCGACCGUAAAUCAAUUUGAGAUUAAAAUUAACAUAUUCAUGUUUCAGAUUUACGCAGUAAUCAUGUUUUAUUAUGGUCUAUGAAAUAUGGUGUGUCAAUUGAAAACAUAAUAGUGCCUAGGCUUAAAUCUACACCGCUCAUUGUUUAAAUUGUUAAAAAAUAGUGGAUCAUGUAAAAAAUAAAGAUUAUGACUGGA